AUGGAAACACGCCCUUGCAUUACACGGCGUCCGGGCGCAGCCAUCGAUGCCGUCAGCAAUAUCGAAUACAGUGCUCUGCAUGUGGCCGCAGGAAAAGGUCUUCGAGACGUUUGCACCCUCCUUUUGGACGCUGGUGCUUCUUUGCAUGUAGUCGACGAUGAUGGAGACACACCCUUGCAUUACGCGGCAUAUUUGGAACCGGAGAUAACGGAUCUGCUGUUAUCGCGAGGCGCAGCUAUUGAUGCCAUUAACAUCAGUCGUAAUGCUUUGCAUGUAGCUGCGAGAUUCGGUCAACGCAAGCUGUGCACCUUUCUUUCGGACGCUGGUGCUCCUUUGUAUGUAGUUGACAAAUACGGAUGCACGCCCUUGCAUUGCGUGGCACUAAGUAAUCAGCCGGAGAUAACGGAACUAUUGUUAUCGCGAGGCGCAGCUAUCGAUGCCGUCAACAACAUCAAACGUAGUACUUUGCAUGUGGCUGCGAAGCAUAGACAGCGCAAGCUCUGCACUCUCCUUCUGGCUAAUGGUGCUUCUUUGUGUGUAGUCGACAAGUACAGGAACACACCCUUGCAUUGCGCAGCAUAUGCUUUACGAGAAGAACGUGCAAUGCGUUAUCAUUGUGACGUCAAUGUCCAGGACUUUUAUGGCGACAUAGCGUUACACGAAGCGAUUAGGAAAAACGCGCUGGACGUAAUCGACGCAUUAUUAUGUGCCUGCGAAAGGGUCGACUUUACGCUGAGAAACAAACAGGACUUCAACAUUCUGCAUCACGCCGCGUUCAAGGGCAACGCUCAUAUAAUGGAGAGGCUGAUUACAUGCGCACGUCAUUCAUUGGUGGAUAUGAAAAUGGAGAACGGAACCACUGCGUUGCAUCUAGCGACUUUGCGCGGCCACAGGCAAGUCGCGGCUAUUCUCCUCUCGCAGAAUGGAGGCCGCGCCAAGGUCGAUCUGCGAAACAAUCGAGGACAAACACCAUUGUGCUUAGCGACUUUGCAAAAACAUUGGCCGCUUGUCGAGCUGAUGGUGCAUCAUAAUGCAGACGUCAGCAGUAUAGAUUUGGAUGGUAACAACGUGCUGCAUAUCGCUACAUAG